GUACGUUCUGACCAUCGACCCGAAGAAUGGCACCGUCUCAGUAAAAAACACCCUGGGAGAGGAAGAGUCCAACAGAGACUGCACCAUCUAUGCAACUGACAGUGGAAAUCCACCUAAACGGAGCAACGCAUCUUUGCUAUUAAAGGACCCAGAUGAUCCACCGACUACGCCACCGUCAGAAUGCGUAGUUGUGUUUCCCGACAAUGGAGCAGUGGUCCUGACUCUGCAGAUUAUCACUGGAGUUCUAUCUUGUUUGGUCGUCGUGUUGAGUGCUUUUCUCCUGAGGAACCGUCUACACUGCUUAAAGACCAUUCAGACCAAGAGGGCAAGGUCAACAGUCAGCAUCCAUCCAGAGGUUCCCGUGGAACCAAAACCAAAGAAGAACGAAACCGUGGGGUUGUUGAUACCAGCACAGCUUCCUGCACGGCGUCAUCAGGUUUUGGACAGAAAUGAAGCAGCAAUGCCACCUAACAACACAGAGCCAGUCUACCAAGAAAUCAACGAACAACCCACCCCGGCUGCUUCUGUUGGACCUAUACGGAAACCAUUACCAGUGUUUAACAAUGGACUGAAUGGGCAUCUGAAGCACCCAGUUGAUCAACUCACUUCAGCACAAAGGGACCAUCAUGAGACAAGACCAUCAGGGCCCCGUCGGGGGACACUUCCGCCACUACAGACUUCCCAGAAUAUUCCCCAACACGGGAAAGAGAAGAGGAAGAAAAAGAAACGGAGUCAAGUCCAUCCCAAGCAUUCGGAAUGCAGGAGUGACCGCGAUAGCGGGAUAGGGCAGGACGACAGUCGGGGAUCCGUGACGGACACUCCAGGCCCGGACUCACCUAAAGCUUCUCUGGACACACCUAAAGCUUGGCCGGAUUCACCUAAAGCUUGGCCUGACUCUAGACCUUGUAAAGCUCGACCGAACUCUCCUAAAGUAUGGCCGGAUUCCCCAAAAGCUUGGCCGGAUUCCCCGAAUGCUCUACCUAAUGACCAUCAGACUUUGCCGGACCCAGAUAGUGAGGUUUCAGACAAGGACCAGGUAGAUUAUCACGAGCACAUACACUCGGACAUAGACUCGGACGCCAGGCCUGUGUACGAGUACGACACGGAAGCAACGACCGAGUAUGGCUCGAUGUUAAGCCUAUAGAUGUCCUGGAAUAUACAACCUUACAGACAUCAUUGUUACAAACCAUUAGGCAUUACUUUAGUAUACUUUUGGUUUGGUUCUGUUAAAGAAGAAACAUAGACAACGCAAAUUUGAAAGAAAAUAGAACACGAAAUGAAUAUUAUGGAUUGUACUUUGUUACGUAACGUUAGAACCUAAUUUGGGUAUUUCAAACAUUGUAGUCAGAACCUGUAGCAGCGUUACUUUACUGCUAUAGCUAAGAAUUGAAUCAUAAAUGAUUUGGUACAAAGAACGAACAUUGGGCAAUAGAUUUUCAAACCUCCUUUACGGUUGUGCACUAGAUAGCAUUGUAAUACUAUUGUUGUGCUCCAUGUACAUUACUAGAUUGGCCAAGUUGAAACCAGUACCUUUUUAUGUGUCUAAAUUCUAAGCCGACCAAAACUUCUUUCUGAUAGGACUGACGUUGACUGAAAUACAAUGUUAUCGGUGUACAUAAUAGAAUGAAGAAUUCUAUGAAGCACAGACCAAUUAGCUUAAUACAUUAAAAGAAAUUAGCUCCUACCGGCAGUUAUCAUGUACAUACGAAGACUACUGAUCUGUGAUAACGCAACAUGCAUGUAGAUAAAACCCGGAUGAAGUUUGCAAUUAAAGUCAUUUGUGGAAAUUGCAUUACACAAAGUGGUAUUGCACAUCAUCAUUUCAGUAACCAAAUGUAAGUUAAUCUUUGAACACAACCCAAAAAGAUAAAAAUCGUGAUUGCUGUAAGGUUUGGCCUGAAUCUUGAAAUCCCGAUGCAAACUUCCAUUUAUGCGACAGUGCAGGGUGUGGACCAUCAGUUGAUGUGAGUUGUAAUGCCAGGGUACAGGGGAGCAAAAUAUAGUUUGGUAAAAAAAAAUUGCCA